CCUGCGCAGGCGCGGAGUCCACCUCUGGACCCAGGAGGUGGGUGAGACUUAGGUCCUCCACCCCCUAGCGUCCGGCCAAGGAGAAGGCGGGCGGGAGGGAAGCGCUAGCAGGAUCUGCUGCACGCAGGGCUCUGCGAAGCACAUGACCUCCGCGAAGGCGGGUUCAGCCUCGGCACAGUCUCCAGAAAUGUCUUUCCUCCAGGAUCCAAGUUCCUUCACCAUGGGGAUGUGGUCGAUUGGUGCGGGGGCCCUGGGGGCUGCUGCCCUGGCACUGGUCCUGGCCAACACAGACAUAUUUCUGUCCAAGCCUCUGCAAGCAACCCUGGAGUAUCUGGAGGAAAUAGACCUGAAAACACUGGAGAAGGAACCAAGGACCUUCAAAGCAAAGGAGCUCUGGGAAAAGAAUGGAGCUGUGAUUAUGGCUGUGCGGAGGCCAGGCUGUUUUCUCUGUCGAGAGGAGGCUGCGGACCUGUCCUCCCUGAAGCCCAAGUUGGACGAGCUGGGUGUCCCCCUCUAUGCAGUGGUAAAGGAGCAGAUCAGGACCGAAGUGAAGGACUUCCAGCCUUAUUUCAAAGGAGAAAUCUUCCUGGACGAAAAGAAAAAAUUCUAUGGCCCCCAAAGGCGGAAGAUGAUGUUUAUGGGAUUUGUCCGGCUGGGUGUGUGGAAUAACUUCUUCCGGGCCCGGAACGGAGGCUUCUCUGGAAACCUGGAAGGCGAAGGCUUCAUCCUUGGAGGAGUUUUUGUGGUGGGAUCAGGAAAGCAGGGCAUUCUUCUUGAGCACCGAGAAAAAGAAUUUGGAGAUAAAGUAAACCCAGUUUCUGUUCUGGAAGCAGCUAGGAAGAUCAAACCGCAGACUUCAGCCUCAGAGAAAAAAUGAUUGUGUGAAACUGCCCAACUCAGGGAUAACUAAGGGCGCUCAACCUGGGUGUUUACAGGAUGUUAUGUUUCCACUCGUGUCCCUAACAAGUUAGAAACUCACUUAUGCCAUAUUUUCAGUAUAAAUCAUGAUGCGUUUUAAUAUUGUGCUCUGUUUAGGCUCAAGGAAACAAAAUCACCCCCAAACAAGACUGAUAAGAAAUCUAAGAAAUGAUUUAGUUUUCAACUAAAACCUGAAAAAUAUGAGGCUUACAGUUGACUGGCACACAUAAUUACAAACGUAUAUGGUAUUUGAGUGCUGUUACUUGAAAUCAGUUUUGUUUUCAUGUCUUUAAAUCUAAGGAAAGUUGAUGAUUGACUUGAAAAUUAAAGAUAUAAGGUCUUGGACUUGUGUGUUGUCUAUUAAUGACUUGUUAUAUAAUAUUAAAGUAAUGCUCAUUUAAAGGAAUUGAUGUACUCUGGAUGGCUUGAUAAAGAUAGAUUAUAAAAUGAAAUCUAUUUUUUCAUUGUCUUCCAUUCUAACCUCAGAGGUUUGUUUUUCUAGAAGAAAUAAUCUCUGGCUCUAAUAAAAUUAUGCAUCAGAAAUUGUCUGUAAUACAAGUUUUUCUGAUAAAGCUAACAAUAAAAAUAUUUACCAUAA